AAAAUUCCAGGGGCUUUCUUUUCGAAAAUUUCAAAGGCAAACUACAAUAUUUUGUAGAGAUUGUCCGCAGAAAUUCGGCUGUUUCUGCCGUUAUAUAGACCAUCAAUCGUAAAUCUUUGAGAAUCCGUUCAAAAGAAUGCCUCCUAAGUUUGAUCCGAAUGAAAUAAAGAUCGUAUGUUUACGAUGCACUGGUGGGGAAGUAGGAGCUACAUCAUCCUUAGCCCCAAAGAUUGGUCCUUUAGGCUUGUCGCCCAAGAAGGUGGGUGAUGAUAUUGCUAAAGCUACCCAGGACUGGAAGGGACUGAAAGUCACAGUACAGUUGACCAUUCAGAAUCGGCAAGCCAAGAUCUCUGUUCUACCCAGUGCGGCUUCACUCAUCAUUAAAUAUUUGAAAGAACCUCCACGUGAUCGCAAGAAGGUCAAAAACAUCAAGCACGAUGGAAACCUAUCAUUGUCGGAAAUCUUAGACAUAGCUCGUCAAAUGCACGGACGAUCAAUCUCAAGAAACCUAGCUGGCACGGUUAAGCAAAUGUUGGGUACAGCACAAUCGGUUGGCUGUACGGUAGAGGGUGAACCACCUCAUGACAUCAUUGAUAAGAUCAAUGAGGGAGAAAUUGAGAUUCCAGAGGAAUGAAGAUAAACAGUGUGCUUCCAGAUUAUGGUUGUAAAUAAAAGUUGAAAUGAA